ACCAGCAGGCUAGUGGCUGCAGGGGCAUCUCCUCCUACUCCCCGCGUCACUGCUGCCGCCAUGCCCGGAGGUCUCCUCCCCGGGGUCGAGGCUCCCAACUUCGAGGCAAAUACUACCAUCGGCCGCAUCCGUUUCCACAACUAUCUGGGAGACUCAUGGAGCAUUCUCUUCUCCCACCCUCCGGACUUUACCCCAGUGUGUACCACGGAGCUCGGCAGAGCAGCAAAGUUGGCACCAGAAUUUACCAAGAGAAAUGUUAAGAUGAUUUAUCUUUCCAUAGACAGUGUGGAAGACCAUCUUGCAUGGAGCAAGGAUGUCAACGCUUAUAACGGUGAAGGGCCCACGGAAAAGUUACCUUUUCCCAUCAUUGAAGAUAAGAAUCGGGACUUUGUCAUCUAGUUGGGCAUGCUGGACCCAGCAGAGAAAGACGAAAAGGGCACGCCUGUGACUGCUCGCGUGGUGUUUAUUUUUGGUACUGAUAAGAAACUGAAACUGUCCAUCCUCUACCCAGCUACCACUGGCAGGAACUUUGAUGAGAUUCUUAGAGUAAUUCUCUGUCUCCAGCUGACAGCAGAAAAGAGGGUGGCCAUCCCGGUUAACUGGAAGAAUGGGGACAGCGUGAUGGUCCUUCCAACCAUCCCUGAAGAGGAAGCCAAAAAACUUUUCCCUAAAGGAGUCUUCAUCAAAGACCUCCCAUCUGGCAAGAAAUACCUCCGCUACACACCCCAGCCAUAGGCUAGCCACAGAGUUGGUUCUGGAGCUGCCCACUUAGCAUCAUGAGCCAGAGGAUGCCAGCUGUCCAUCAUGUUUUCCCGCAGCAGUCCAUUAAAAACAUUCUGGUGUGAUCACAGCCAAGGUCUUUAGGUUGCUAUACUGCUGGCUUAUUAAAUGAAAACAGCACUAAAAAUUCCCUGGGAUCCUUCGUGCCUUCAGCAGCUUUCUCCUCUGUGCACUCUCUGCUGACUCUCCUCGAAAUUUGAGACUUAUCUUGGAUCUCUGCAGGGUUUAUGACCAAGAGGUGGUAUCAGUUUAUGGUCGAAAAAGCCUGCUUUGCUCCAUCAUACUGUGCUGGCCAAAAUGUUCAUUUGGCUUUUUAAAACGUGAACGAACGUUUCGACCAAGCCAAUAGAAUGACUAUCAGAUUUGGUGUUUUUUUUUUUUUUUUUCCUUUUUUUCUGUUCUAAUCAAAUCCUCUGUUGCCCAUUUUGGGAAGGAAUAGAACUUGGGGUUCAACUUCCUCUGUACGUAUCUAUGUGUGUAA